AAGUUGAUUACGGAGGUAUAAAAGAGCAGGCGAACGUCAGGACAGCAUUCAGUAGCUAUCGUGCAGUCUGACAAGAAGUGCAAGAUGAGAUUUCUGAUCGCUUUCGUCGCCGUCCUCGGCUAUGCCUCCGCUGGGCUGAUCGCCCCCCUGGUGUACGGUGCCAACGCAGGUGACCUGCAAGCCGCCGCCACUGACGCCACCGUCGCCGCGCAAGACAACGCGCGCGCCAUCGGAGAGAGCCAGGCGCGUGCCGCCGAGGCCGUCAUCCAGCACAACACCGAGGCAGUGCGCCAAGUGGCCGAGACCAACCGGGACCUUCACGAGAACGCGUACUGGGGCAGUCUGGCCGCUUCCCAGAACCUGGUCGCCGCCGCUCAGUCCCAAGCCGCCGCCAUCAAUGGAAUCGCCGCCGCCCGCGCCGCACAACUCGCCCCCAUCGCGCCCCUCGCUUACGCCGGCUACGGUUAUGGCGCCCACGGCCUCGUCGCCCCCUACGGACUUGGUCUUCGCGCUUGGUAAAUCGUACCACACCACGAGCUUUUAAUAACGACUUGGAACUCAGUUUAAAGUCGUUAUUAAAAGUUAUAAUGGGAGGCGGGUCGGUUGGCAGACAAUUGAUGCGCCUCCGCAAUACCGCUCAGCCUCAAAAAGGACCCGAUUGCUCAACGAAAACAACUCAAAGGUCUCAAAUAAGUAACUCUCUUUGUAAAUACAAAAUAUCUAAUGCCAUCACUGCCAAAGUGUAAAUAAAACACAUUUUAUAC